AUGGGAUGUACAGCGACAUGGUUUUUUAACUCGAGAGGUUUUGAAGCGUUUUGUCCUCUUAAAAAACUAUGUAUUUGUGCCGCUUUGUUGGGCACAGUUCUACUACGAGUUAACGCGGAGAACUGUCCAUGGUCCUGCUCUUGUAUCAACAGCACGGCGACGGUGUCCUGCCUAGAUUCUCAAGAGACCGAGAUACCUGGGGACAUACCACCGUGGGUUAACGUUUUAAUUCUUAGGGGCAACAAUGUCUCCACGUUACCUGAAUUCGCGUUUACCUCCAAUGGGACCGAACUGGAGCUAGUCACUUUGCUUAUGUCUCAUAACAACAUUCAAACAAUUGAACCCUAUGCAUUUUGGGGACUUCCUCGCCUUCAGCUGUUGGAUUUAAGUCAUAACCGACUCGUUGCUAUAUCCGAAAUGGCUUUCUAUGGGUUGGAAGGGCUGCGGUAUCUGCACCUGAAUGACACCCUCACAGCUUUUGGCGCAAGACAGUUGUCCAGCGCGCUGUCCACUGAAAGUCUCCGCAACCUCCACACGCUGGAGUUGUCAGGGAACAGACUGAAAACUGUUCCCUUGGCAAGACUUGAUACACUUGAUUUACACGCUCUCGUGUUGACUAACAAUUUCAUUGAGGUAAUAGGUAAAGAGAACGUCACAAAUUUUAACGAGUUCGGGAACCUUAACGUAUUCCUGGCUCAGAAUCCGUUUAGAUGCACCUGUGACAUCGAGGCGUUUUACCACUGGCUAAAAAACUCGUCUCAGUGCCCAGACUCGCACCGCCUGCUGUGCGCUCAGCCGGACGGGAAAAGGGGGAUCCCGGUGGAGAAACUUCACCACGAGGACGUGGAUUGUCGAAGCGCGGAGUUAGAGGCAGUUUCCUAUGUCUUUCUAGGCAUAGUUCUUGCUCUGAUUGGAGUGGUGUUCUUGAUGGUGUUGUAUUUAAACAGAAAGGGUAUCAAACGAUGGCUAAACAACAUUCGCGAAGCUUGUCGAGAUCAAAUGGAAGUGUACCAUUAUCGCUACGAGCAGGAUUCGGACCCUAGGUUGGCCAACGUGGCGGUCUGAGGCUUGGCCAA